AUGUAUACUACAUUUUAUCUUUGCUCUAGUAAAUAUAUACUAAUAACUGGUUGUCGUCAAAUAAAAUUAAGAUUUGAUUUUGAUAAUCCAAUUCUUAAGUCAUUGACUCAAUUAAAUCCCAAAACAGUUUUUUCAUCCAAACGUCCCACAACUUUAAUUCCUUUUAUACAGAUGUUCCCCAGAGUAGUAAAACAGUUAAAUAUAUCCAUUCAAGAUUUAGAUGAUAGUUGGCGUAAGAUUGGUACCAUAAAUUUAGAGACUGAAUUCGUAGAUAACUUGAAAUUAUUAAAUGUUGAAGAAUUUUGGAUACAGCUAAAAUUGUUUGUGAGAGAUGAUGAGUACCCAUUUAAGAUUAUAUCUGAUUUCAUACUUACUAUACUAGCUUUACCACAAUCUAACGUCUCAUGCGAACGAAUGUUUUCAAAAAUUAACCUCAUCAAAACUAAACAACGUAACCGCUUACAAGCACCAUUAUUAAAUGGUCUUCUUAAUGCAAGUCAAUGCAUGCAAGAAACAUCUUGUCAUGAAUUUGAACCUUCUAUUAAAAUGUAUAAUUUAAUGACUAUUAGUAAUUUAUAUGACAGUGCAAACAUUGUCAGAAAUGAUGAUAAUGGUGAUGAUGAUUUUUUUUUUGCUAAUGUAUAA